ACUUGAGAUGAUGUCUGAUGCUAUUGAUGAAACACUUGACAAAGAUGAGGCGAAGGAGGAAACAGAAGAGCUUACAAACCAGGGACUUCUGCAUCAUCAGGCAGGAGUGGACUGUCGUCCGCAUCCAGUCCGCCUUCCAUGCAUUCCUGGUAGGCUUACCUGCCGCCUUUGUUUUUUUUGUCCUCUCACUGGUUCUUGUCAGUGGAUGUGUGAAUGCUUGGAGGGCGUUGAGGGCACUGCGGGGCAUUGUGCGGCUACAGGCGCUGGUGCGCGGCUGCCGCGUGCGCAAGCAGCUCGCAAUCAUGCAAAAGUGCAUGAACGCGCUCCUCAAGGUCCAGGAGCACGGACGAGACCGUUGCUUCUAGAUCUCCAUGGACGUCUGCCACUUACAAGACAUCCUUGACGACCGAAGCGACCAUGCUAAUCCUGUCAAGGAAGCGGAGGUAUAAACAACAAGCCCUUCAAAACUUGCUUAGGACAGCGACAAUGCAUCCUUGCGAUGUUUUAUGUCAAGCCUGACAUCUGAACAAAAUUUUAGUUAGCUGCAGAGUGUUCUGUAGGGCAAUUGAUCUUCACAGUUGUUUAGUUUUAAACAUCUAAAUUAUAGCUGCAUCUUGUUCCUUAAUGGUUAGCUGCUUUCUUCUCACAAAGCUCAUAUUAGUUGUCAAGGGUUU